GCCGGAUGACACAGCUCAACAUCGACGAUUCCUCACUUUCCCUCCAUAUACUCCCCUCAUUGAACAUACCCCUUGACUAAAUAGCCAGUACUAAACUCAUCAGCCAUGACAUCUCCCUUCUUAACCCCCGAUCCCACGACCGACGCAGCCGACCCUCUCCUACUCACAGUACGCUUCUCCGCAUCAAUAUCAGACCUUCUUCUGGACAUCCCCUGUCCCGAAAUCACAACCGCCGCAGGGCUGAAACAAUUAAUCCGCGGUCGCCUCCCUUCCAAUCUCUCUGCACAUCGCCUCCGCCUGAUCUACGCCGGACGUGGUCUGGAAGAUGCCAACCCGCUCACUGUGUCCUUGAAACUGCCCCCAUCACCAGCACGAUCACCGUGCCCUAUAAACGAUGGGGAUCGAGAAAGCAGUAAUGGAAAGGGAAAGGGCAAGGAACCCGUUCGAGAUAAACCUCGUCUCUACAUUCAUUGCUCGAUCGGUGAUAUUGUUUUAUCGGAUGCCGAUCUCGAUGCUGAAGCGGCCAUCUCCUCGACGCUCCUGCAGCAGCAGCAGCAACAGGAGUCGUCGGACUCGCAAGAUGAAUCCAGCGAUCAGCAGCAGCAGCAGCAGGGACAGCAACAACAGCAGCAGCCUCCCACCACGACACCCGCGCCGCGCGGUUUCGACCGUCUCCUCACAGCGGGGUUCACAGCCGCAGAGGUAACAGCCCUCCGGUCCCAAUUCAUGGCCGUGCUAUCCGCCUCCCGAACGCCGGAUACCAUGCCCUCGGGUGCGGAGCUGCGCGAUCUCGAAGAUCGGUGGUUAGAUGAAGGGUCCGCGACCCCGGCGGCGAUGAUGGGUGGGGGUGGAGGUGGGGGCGGGGCAUCGUUUGCUGACGAUGACGGUGGGUUUGGGGCGGGGUCUCGAGGAGCUAUGGAUGAUAUGCUUUGGGGGGCUGUGAUGGGCUUCUUUUGGCCUAUUGGGUGUGCGAUGUGGUUGAGGAGGGAGGAAGGUGUGUGGAGUUGGCGGAAGGGGUUGGCUGUGUUCGUUGGUGUGGUUGUUAACGUUGCGUUUGGGGCGAUGCGGAUUAUG